GAAUUACUGUGUUCUAUUAAUGAAGUGAAUCAGGUGAUUUUCGUUUUCUUCUCAUAUAUAGGUACAUUAAUAACUAUUAUUAGGCUAUAAGGUGCCUAUGCUGUAAAGAAUGACUUCAGAUUGGAAAAGGUCUCAUAAUAUUCCAUUUCCAACAAUUUGGCACCGAUUUACAGGACGGAAGCCAACGUCAAAUGGAGAGUUACCAAACUUUUGGGUUCAGGAUAUGCCCGAAGAUUUAUAUGAAGUAGCUAUAAAUUUAAUGCAGAAACAUUUCUUGAGAGAUGAACCUCUUGGUAGAUUUUCAAAAGCUAUAGAUAACCCAGUGUUUGUGGAGGAGUGGACAGAAGUGCUAAAUGAAGUAUUGAAGGAUAGACUUGCUUUGGUGUGUUUUAUGGAAAACCCUGAUAAGACCAGACAACCGAUUAUCGCAGGAUUAAAUAUAACUGCUGUUGCCAGAAAAGAUGAAAAACUGCCGCAGGGUGUAUCUAAACAAGGUCGCCAAUUUGUCCAAACAGCUGAAUUUUUAUCAAAAAUGAAAGAUCCCUUUGAUACUCUAGGUGUAAACGAGUAUUUAACUGCGUAUGGUUUAUUGGUACUUCCAGAAUUUCGGGGACAAAACUUAGGAUUAGAAAUUUUAAAAGCAAGAGAACCUCUUUGUAAAGCAGUAGGACUUAAAGCUACAGUUACAAUGUUUACCUCCAUCAUUUCUCAAAAGCUCGCAGAAAGAGCUGGAUUCAAGGUGCUUAGUGAAAUUUCUUACCUCAAAUUAGAAGAAAUUGACCCUUUUCUUACUUUUCCUGGUAUACAUGAACAUACAAAAAAUGUGAAAAAUAUGUACCUUACGUAUGAAUAAAUUGUUUUAUAGUUA